UUAGCCGCGAUUUACUUUGCGUACCUGCGUUUUUGCGCACUUUUCACCUAAUUAAUCGAAGCGUGCGAUUGGUCACGUGAUUUGAUCGCCACAGCGAAAAUAUGGAACAUUUGUCCUUAGAGCUGUUCGACCUCGACUUUUUUGUCGAUUCUGAAUACACCAAAAUGGCUGAGGGCAACAAAAGCAACGGAGGCCAGGAUGACAUCUACUCCUUCAAGACUGACUCUCCCUCGGGCCCGGAAAGCUCAGACAGGGACAGUAAAUCAGGCUGGUCGCGGCAAAAGUACAAGAGAAAAAUGCGCAGACAGUCCAGUGACGACGAGGAUGAAGUGCCAUCUCUCAAGCCAUGCAUUGUUGUGCUACAAAGGAGUAGUCUGUGUGAAGCUGCUUGGCAAAGAGAACGGAAAAGUAUAGAAGAGAGACAAAAGAUUGAACCCCAGCAACAAAAUGGAAACUCAAGUGGAAGUGUGUCGCCGAUCAGUGACUGCGAGUUUAAGUGUGGCCUCUGUAGUGAAAGGUUCUCCGGACGCAAUCUGUACAUGCACCACAUGCGUGCCAAGCAUGCCAACAAUAACAACACUCCACGGCAGCCGUCUCCACCUCCCCCUGCUAAAGGUGACCACCUUCGUUUCAUCCGAAGUAAGGGCGUCUGGAAGUUGGACACCCGUAGUCUCGAGUGUGACGACUGCAAUAAAAUGCUUGCCUCCCCGUACAAAUUUAAAGAACAUGCAGAGGUCGAGCACGGUAAAAUAAUUGUCUUGGGAGGCACCGAUGACGUGAUCAACAGUACGAACUUUCCCUGCUCUCAGUGCCAUAAAGUUUGCAAAACAAAACUCUCGUUAGACAAACAUAUAUUCGUGAAACACUCUGCACAACGUGGCCAACUGCCUAGUCAACCUAUCUCGGCAAAAACAGAGGAGGACCUAAGCAAGGCUGGUGAAGCAAAAACCAAGGCUUAUGAAUGUCCUUACUGCUUUACUUUGCACGCCAACAAGGACCGCUUCAAGAAGCACCUUGGAUUUGUUCCGAUUACCUAUUCAGAUUGCCAUGUUGUUACCGACAAUAACUCUCUGAUGAGGCAAAAGGAUCCUAUCAACUGUGAAGUUUGCGGAUCAAAAGCGGCCAACCUGGCUUUUUUGCAUGCCCAUCAAACAACACACACGGAGCUGCCUCGACCCAACGAGUGCCAGGAAAGCGAAUGUCACAAAAAGUUUAUCUUCCUAUGCCAGCUGAACAGGCACUUGCUGCUGCACCAGGUUAAGAACAAUGUAGACUUGCCGCAGAGUCCGGGACAAAAGGUCAAGGGCAAAUUCAAAUGCAACCUUUGUGCAAAGAGGACGAGAACAAAAGCCAAGUCGGACUUCCACAUGCAGACAUGUCACAAACCUAAUUCACAAGAGCUGAGGUGUGAAGUGUGCAACAUUUGCUAUGCUAGCGCCCGGCAGUUAACAAACCACUAUGCCAAGAAGCACGAAGGGAUGGAACCUCCACUGCCUUUGCCAGAUCAGCCGAAGGAAGACGAUUGCUGGGCCCUACCAGACGCAACAUUUGCUCCUUUCCCCACUUCAUCUGUAAGGCCAGAAUCAAUAGGAAGUUCCGAUUCUGUUAGUGCUUCGGAUGCUUUCUCCAUGUACUUCCAGUCACUACAAAGUCUCAAUCCCAUGGACAUGGACAUACCACUGGACCUGGAAGGCAAUGUGAGCAUUAAUGAGAAGAUCCUAAAUCCAUUGGACUCCUCUGGUGGUGAGAUGUCCCAAAGUCAUCAACCUUCCCCGCACCAAGUAUCACCUGAGUUCCCUGGAAGAAAGAAAGAAAACGAGCUCCAGUUCCACACUUUGCAGACUGUGCAGCACCCGGAGGCCAGUAUCACAUUCCUGCAGAAUCUCCCAACAGCCCCUUUGAUAGCAACGGAGCCUCUUCCAAAACUUGAAAGCAGUAAUCAAACAAACCUCUUGGUGACGACCUUGAGCAAUGGCUACCUUUCUAACUUUCAAGUGGAAGAAAAACCUGUGGCUCUAGUGCAACCAGAACAAAACAUAAUCACUUUUACUCCCACUAUUCAAACUUUGCCAGUCGCGAUAACCACUCCCAUCCAAGCCCAAGUCUUGCCAAUUUUUCAAACAACUGAGCUGAAGUACGACCCCAAACUAGAUCUGGCCAUUAAACAAGAACUGGAGAAAAAUACCAAAGAGCUUCAGGAAAUUUGCGAGUCAACUGCUAUCGGAUUUAUUCCAAUUGCUGAAACUGAACUUGUGACGGCUCCAGUGACAAACAUCGUCCAGCCCCUGGCACCUGAAAUUGUCAAAAUUGAGCCAACCUCGGAAAACAUUGACAAAAUCGUGCAAGAAAUCAUGUGUCCUAGCAGUACAGCUAAUGCAACUCCAGCUCUGCCAUCAAAGCCUCCAGCACCGGCAGCUGUCAGCAGCCAAUCUUGUGAUUCCUCCACGGCCACUCCAUCUGAAAUUGUCAAGAAAAAGCUUGCCGCCAAAACCAAAAGGAAAAAAGAACUUGAAGCAGCUCCAGUAAAAUCUGAACCAAUUGAUUCUCAGCCGCCUCCAGUCUCGACCGAUAAACAGGAGGACUGUAAACUGUGCGGAAAAUUUUUCAACACUCACGAAAUGCUCAUCAAACACUGUCAGCAAAACUGUCCUGGACGAAAUCAGCCUGGAUCAGACACCACUUGCCAGUUGUGCGGAGAAAAGUUGGCCGAUCGGAAGUUGUACUUGAAGCACAAGAAAGAGAUGCACGAGGACAGUCUUCUGAGGUGUCCGGCUUGUGACAAAACCUUCUUCCUGCAGCAGAGUUUGGGACGCCACAUGAAGCAGACCUGCACGCAUAGGCUGGACUACACCUGCCGGAAAUGCAAGUCCAAACACGAGUCGCUCGAGUCCCUCCGAACGCACACCCAGACCGUCCACCCUGAAAACGUGGUAUGCCACAUUUGUAAAAAGGUUUUGGCCACCAGCCAGAGUCUGAAGAGACACAUCAAGAGCCAUGGGAAGGAGGCUGAAUCGCAGAUGGUGGAAAAGUUUUCCGAGCUGGACGACGACCCGGACAGCUCAGACAGCAACCUGCAAAAGGUUUCCCUCAACCAGCAAGAGAAUCUGGACAUUACAGACGACCUAAGUCUGAAUGACCUGUCCUCCUGGGGCAAUAAUGGCGAGUUCAACAUAGAAAAUAAUUUGGACGAUGAGUUGAUGCUUUUGAGCAACGAGUCAUUGACCUGCGAGUUCUGUGGCUCGACCUUUGCCUCCGACAAACUUCUGCUCAGACACUUGUCCAGCCAACACUUCCCGAACACGCAGUGGCAGCCGCAAGCUCGGAACUCGCCCGUGGUUGAAGAAUUGGCCUCGGCCAUGGUUUCAUGCAAUGAUUCGUGAUCAACUCGCUCUCUUUCUGUGCAUUUUGUGGGAACUUGAAACAGCAUAAAAAAGCAACUCUAUUUUUAGCUACAAGUUUUAGUGCAGAGACGUAGUGUUUAUUUUUCUUUCAGAACGCCCCUGAACCGCUUCUUCAGCAUCAUGUUAGCUAAUUUUGUGUGUGCUUAACUAAGUAAAAAUCAUCAUUUGGAAUAUUAAAUUCAAAGUCAUGAUUUGCAAGAAAAUUGUCUUUCUGGGAAAUUAAGAAUUUUUUUUCAUCAGUUCCUGUGAGUUGCAGAAAUGUUUUCAAUUUAUAUGAUCAAAUGUUACUAAACUGGGAUUAUUAAUUAAUACAUUGUGAAUUUGAUUUUGUUUGGUUCAAUGAAAUCCUAUGUAAAGGCGUUAAAUGAUUACAUUUGUUUUAAUUUGACUCUGUGAGAGUUUUGCUGAUGAUCACUUUAAUCAAACCAUUUUGAAGCACGACUGAAUUUUCGAUUGAUCGAUUUUACAAAUAUGAAAGCUAUUAAGAUAAAAUUCUCGCUCAUAUUAAGUAAUAUUAUUUAAAAAUCGGAUUUAUCCUGUAAUUUAAUUUUGUUCCUCAUUUUUGUCAACAGAAAGGGUCUGUAGUUAAAUUUCUGUUAUCUGUUUUAACACAUAUCAGUAAUUUCCUGAUUGUUAUUAAUUAAUGCUCUAUUAUAUUACAUUGUUUGCGUUGUGUAUAAAAAUAUGUUGCAAAAAUGAAUGAAGCAUUUAAUUUUUAAUUGAGAGCAUAAAUUAUUGUAAAAGCAAACAAAUAUGUCAAAAGCAUUAUAAUUAAGUGAGUGAUUUGCGUCAAGGCGAUUGAUAGUGUACAUGAAUUUUGUGCAGGCAAUUAUUGGAGAUAAGGAUUAAGAAUAAAAAUAAUAAAUUA